AUGGAGUCCGAAGCCUUCGAAGAUCUGGAGAAGGGCGGCGGUGCCCUGCGCACCAUCAAGGACUUGGCCUCCGGCGCCGCGGGUGGAAUGGCUCAGGUUUUGCUGGGACAACCCUUUGACAUUGUCAAGGUGCGGUUACAAACGACCACGCAGUACUCGAGCGCGGUGGACUGCGCAUCCAAGAUCCUCAAGAAUGAGGGUCCGAUGGCCUUCUACAAGGGGACGCUGACUCCGCUGAUCGGAAUUGGUGCCUGCGUGAGCGUGCAAUUCGGUGCUUUCCACGAAGCGCGUCGUCGGCUGGAAGAGCUGAACAAGAAGAAAUAUGCCAACGGGGCCCUCUCCUAUGGACAGUACUACAUGGCCGGUUCGUUUGCCGGUGUCACCAACUCGGUGUUGUCUGGUCCGAUUGAGCACGUUCGUAUCCGGCUGCAGGCCCAGCCCCACGGCGAAGGACGACUAUACUCUGGCCCGAUCGACUGCAUUAAGAAGCUGUCCGCACACCAGGGUACGCUGCGCGGUCUGUUUCGCGGACAGGCUGUGACAGUCCUGCGUGAGGCCCAGGCGUACGGUUCUUGGUUCAUGGCUUUCGAGUACAUGAUGAACCAGGACGUCAAGCGCAACAAUAUCAAUCGUGAGGACAUCUCAGCUGUCAAGGUUGCCACCUACGGUGGUUUGGCGGGUGAAGCCCUCUGGAUUUCUAGCUACCCACUUGAUGUGGUCAAGAGCAAGAUGCAGACCGACGGGUUCGGUGCGGAGCAAAAGUACAGCAGCAUGCGCGACUGCUUCAAGAAGACCUACGCUCUUGAGGGGCUGGGUGGCUUCUGGAAGGGCAUCGGCCCGACUCUGCUGAGAGCCAUGCCUGUCUCCGCAGGAACUUUUGUUGUUGUCGAGCUUACCAUGAAGGCCCUUGGAUAG